ACUGCCAUCGCUGUUGCUCACAUAACCUUCUGCGGUUACAAAAAAGUUUAUUUUCAUCGAAAAAACAAACCAAAAAAAUGCAAAUCACACGCUUCGUUCUUCGUCAAAUGACAAGCCGCUAUUGUCACCGCAUGUACAGCUCUGCCGUGCCUGCAGCCUCCUCCAUACCCGCUGAUAAGAUGGUACCGCCGGUGCCAGAGAGCACGACUAAACCUCCAAAUCCUAAAUUGGACAGCAUUGUAAACAACAUAGCUGCGCUAAAUCUGCUUGAGGUGGCGAAGCUGAGUACGCUCCUGAAACAAAAGCUCAAUUUACCGGAUACUGCAUUUGUGCCACAAGUUGCCUCAGGACCCGCUGGACGUGCAGCCGCAGCCGAUGACGAAGAGGAGGCAGCACCAAAGAAAGUACAAACAUCGUUUAAAGUAAAGCUAGUAAAGUUCGAUGAGAAGCAAAAGGUAGCGCUUAUCAAGGAGGUGAAGAAUUUGCUCGAAGGCAUGAACCUGGUGCAGGCCAAGAAGUUUGUGGAAAGUGCACCCACCAUAGUCAAAGAAGACAUACCCAAAGAGGAGGCUGAGAAGCUGAAAGAGGCUUUAGCCAAGGCGGGCGCUGUCAUUGAAAUUGAAUAGGCUAGCUGCUAGUUAUGUUUAGCAAUGGUAAUAAUAAUAAAAAAAAAAAACGUGAGACAUAA